AUGCAGGUCUCCUUCAUGUGCUCCGAGCACAGCCUCAAGGCCCGCGGUCCCGAGGAACGGCUGGGGCGGCCGGUGGUCAGCAGCCCCAGCCUGGGCACCCGUAGUCGCUUCCGCGCCGUGGCCAUGGUGGCCCGGAGCCUGGGACAGCUGUCGGUACAAAGCGUCCCAGGCACCGGUGACACCAACGGGAAGCAACUGGGCAUGAAAUACAGGAAUCUGGGCAAGUCUGGCCUGCGGGUCUCCUGUCUGGGGCUCGGAACAUGGGUAACCUUCGGGGGCCAGAUCACCGACGAGAUGGCAGAGCAGCUGAUGACCUUGGCCUACGACAAUGGCAUCAACCUCUUCGAUACGGCAGAGGUCUACGCUGCGGGCAAGGCUGAAGUGGUCUUAGGAAACAUUAUUAAGAAGAAGGGCUGGAGACGCUCCAGCCUCGUCAUCACAACCAAAAUCUUCUGGGGUGGAAAGGCCGAGACAGAGCGGGGUCUAUCCAGAAAGCACAUCAUUGAGGGUCUGAAAGCCUCUCUGGAGCGGCUGCAACUGGAGUAUGUGGAUGUGGUGUUUGCCAACCGCCCAGACCCCAACACACCCAUGGAAGAGACUGUGCGUGCCAUGACCCACGUCAUCAACCAGGGGAUGGCCAUGUACUGGGGCACAUCGCGCUGGAGCUCCAUGGAGAUCAUGGAGGCCUACUCUGUGGCCCGGCAGUUCAACCUCAUCCCGCCCAUCUGUGAGCAGGCCGAGUACCACAUGUUCCAGCGCGAGAAGGUGGAAGUACAGUUGCCGGAGUUGUUCCACAAGAUAGGGGUAGGUGCUAUGACCUGGUCCCCUCUGGCUUGCGGCAUCGUUUCCGGAAAAUACGACAGUGGCAUCCCACCCUACUCAAGAGCCUCCUUGAAGGGCUACCAGUGGCUGAAGGACAAGAUUCUGAGUGAGGAAGGCCGACGUCAACAGGCCAAGCUGAAGGAGCUUCAGGCCAUCGCCGAGCGUCUGGGUUGCACCCUCCCCCAGCUGGCCAUCGCCUGGUGCCUGAGGAAUGAGGGGGUCAGCUCCGUGCUCUUGGGGGCUUCCAACGCAGACCAACUGAUGGAGAACAUCGGAGCAAUACAGGUCCUUCCAAAAUUGUCGUCUUCCAUUAUCCAUGAGAUCGAUAGUAUUUUGGGCAAUAAACCCUACAGCAAAAAGGACUACCGAUCUUAAGAAGCCCCAACCCCGGCCGCUUGGACACUUUUCUUCCCCUCCCAGUCUCUGUUCGCUCGCUCUCGCUCGCUUAAGCUGUUUUGAAGCCAAGUGAAGAGUGUGGUUUGCAUCCAAAAGACACAACA